AUGGUACACGCUGCACUACAUACGUAGUAUGACCGUACGGGACAAUGUCUGCGGCUGGAGGGUCCCCCUGUCCUUAUGUAGACAGCCGCGCCGCUCCCGUUCAAACCGAUCCCUGUCUCUGGCAGGUCACAUUAAGGCAACGCGGGAAAAUAAAUGAAUUCAAGCUCUAUUACCCCGCCCUCUUUUCAUGGUCUCCCCUCCUCCUGUCUCCUCGGUGGUGCCGCCUCCUUUUGCCGGUGCGCCCUAUUGGCCAGUUCCACUCCCCUUGCCCCGCCCAGGUGUCAGCGGCGCUCGUGUGUGCUCGGGACCAGUAGAGAGGAAUCGGGGCACGGGGGAGCGAGCCGGAGCCGUUGGCUGUGUGUGAUCACCGGGGGGACGGAGAGCCCCGGGGAGGAUGCUGGAAUUGUGCCCGGGACCUACCGACCUAUAGAGAGCUGCGUGUUCCCGAGCGGAGGAUGGCGACCAGAGUACGCAGUGAGGAUGAAGACGACGACCAUUGUGUCCAUCGUGAUUUCGAUGUUCCAAUGCAGAAGGGGCAAAAGAAGAUCUGGAAUAGAGCCAAGUGGAGCAAAGAUGAGGAUGACAAAUUAAAGAAACUAGCUGAAGUACAUGGGACUGAUGACUGGAACUUGAUCGCAAGCAACUUCCUAGACCGGUCAGAUAUACAGUGCCACCACCGAUGGCAGAAAGUAUUAAAUCCUGCACUAAUAAAAGGGCCUUGGACCAAGGAAGAAGACCAAAGGGUGAUUGAUCUUGUGGAACAAUAUGGGCCCAAAAAAUGGUCCAUCAUUGCUAAGCACUUACAUGGUAGAAUUGGGAAACAGUGCAGAGAACGUUGGCACAAUCACCUAAAUCCUCAAGUAAAGAAAUCUUCAUGGACCGAGGAGGAGGAUCGGGUCGUUUACGAGGCCCAUAGAAAACUCGGAAAUCGCUGGGCUGAAAUAGCAAAGUUGCUACCUGGGAGGACUGAUAACUCCAUAAAGAAUCAUUGGAAUUCCACUAUGAAGAGGAAAGUGGAGCAGGAAGGAUAUCUAACGAAGGAGGUGGAUAAAAGAGAAAAUCACCAACCCUCUUCAUUAUUUAAUCCACAGAACCCUUACUAUGUGCCAGCAGAGCCUCAGGUUCCAGGAUAUCAUUGUGUUUCAGUUGAUGACAGCUGCAUAGAAAAUAUUCACAAUUCUUUUGCCUUUAUUCAGCAGCCCUUUGUCGACGCCGACGAUCCAGAUAAAGAAAAACGGAUAAAGGAGCUUGAAUUGCUGCUUAUGUCAGCUGAGCAUGAAGUCAGAAGAAAGAGAUUGUCAUCUCAGUCUGGAAGUUUCCUAAAUUGGUCUGACACUUUCCUUAGUGAUGAUACCUUUUGUAGCACACUAAACAACCUAGAGGAACAGACGUUCUACAGUAUGGAAGAGAAUAGAAGCCUACCUUGUGAACUGAUCUCCCCAAAUAAAGUUGUUCUCUUGGAACCUAAUCCUGUGCUGGGAACGCUGGAUGUCAUCCCAGAGUUUUCGGAAACAAUAGAGCUAAUUGAUCCGGAUCCUAGUCCAUGGACUCUAAUUGGGAACAUUGAUGCAUCCAUUGACGUUGCUUCUGUCAAACUUGCGCCAGUAAAAAUUAUUCAAGAGUCCUCGCAGGAUAGUAGCUCUGAACUUAUCGAUGUGGUGACUGUUGGCGAGGACAGUAAAGUGUUAUCAACUACUUUGGUUUCACCAAAAUAUAACGCAUCAACGUCAAUUUUGAAUAAAGGUCAACAGAGGCUACCGCUUGCUACCAAAGGGAAUAAUGUUUAUGAUGCCAACAAUACCAAUACCAUGCUGAAAAACACUCCAGUAAAAUCCAUCCCGUUUUCCCCAUCACAGUUCUUCAAUGCCAGCAUGGGCAACAUACAGGAGCCAGUUAAUCUUGAACAUCCUGUUUUUACUUCCACUCCAAUUUGUGGCCAGAAGUAUCUAACAACUCCUCUGAGGAAACAGAUGACCUCUGUGGAGGACAAAGAAAAUCUUGGAUUUCGAACCCCAACUAUACGGAGGUCUCUGAGUACAACCCCCAGAACACCAACACCCUUUAAAAAUGCUCUCGCUGCCCAGGAGAAAAAGUAUGGUCCUAUAAAAGUUACGUCACAGCCUUUUGCCUAUCUCGAAGAAGAUAUUCGAGAGGUCCUCAAGCAAGAGACUGGAACAGAUUUCUUCAUUAAAGAUGAAGAUGACCUCCAUUGUAAAGUGGAAAGAGGGCAUAUUUCUGCCUUUAAAAAAGUCAGAAAGUCAUUAAUUCUCGAUUGGGAGAAAGAGGGUGUUGAGCGCUUAUCAGAAGUUGGAGUUUCUAAUACAAAGAAUUUAAAUCGUGGACUGACUGAAAAGAGGCCUACUACUACUUCAUCAAUGAUGACACCCAUUUCUACACAGGGAGACUGGAACUGCAAUUCUAGAACUAAAAAGCACAGAACAAGUCCAGGGCCCAGAAAAAAGACAAGCCCCGAAUGUAGAAGCAUCAAGCUGGAAAAGUCUCCACAGUCAUUUGAUGAAUGGGAAGCCGUUGUGUUUGGAAAGACUGAAGACCAGUUGAUUAUGACCGAGCAGGCAAGACGAUAUCUCGAUGGCUACAAGUCAUCCAGCAGCUCUUUACCAAGGCCUCUGAUAUUAUGAAUGUGGGAUCUUUUUCACCUGGUCAAUCCAGUGACCUCUCUUACAUGCACUAAGAUAAGACUCUUUAGACCUGUUGACAGUAAUGCUUUGUUUUACAGCCCUACAUUAUGCAUGAAUCUAGCAAAUACUUGGCAAUCUAACCACGGCACAGAAUGCGCUUCUUUUAGCUUUCAUGAGACUAAAGCAACCUUUACUCCCAGCCAGGGAGUCUUGCAUGUGGAAUGAUAAAGCAUCUAGUUUAUACAAGGGAAUGACUUUGAAGGCCUCAACUUCUUCUUUUUUUUUUUUUUCUGUAUAGUAGUUGACCUUAUACUGUUAAAUAAGAUGUAAGCGUUGUUGAAAUAGGUUUCAAGGCAAAUGUACUUUUGUUAUAAAAUAAAGUAGCCAGUAGCAUAGUAGGAGCUUACUGCAAAGGGUUCUGCUUAACACCUGGUUAUACACAUUUUUAUAUUUUUAUAUCCAUUGCUAUUCAAUGGUUUUGUAUGAAUUGGGGAAUAUGGUUACUAUAAGAUGUAAAAGUCUGUUAUCUCUACUCCCACCUUUACCCCAUCCAAAUGAAAGUUCAAGAAGUAACAUUCAUGUUUUGGUCCAUCAACCCCAACGUUGCCUAAUGUGUUUGAGUGGAGCUAUCGGUUAAAUAUAGCCUGUAGUAUUUUUAUGGUUUAAACUAUUAUAAGAAUAUUUUUAUUAAUGUAAUGAAAAGUAAAAAAAAAAA